ACUACUGUGUGCCAGAAGUCAUGUUAAGUGCUGCAAGGGAUAAGUCAUAUGUGGCUAUUGCUUUUCAAGAUAAUUUCAAUUCAAUGGGGGAGCAAAACCAGAUAUCUUAUUUUAUACUUUCUUUUAUAAAAAAGAAGUAUGAAGGGAAAGAGGAUUUGAUUGCAUCAGUUAAGUUUUCUUAAAGGUACUGCUCUUUGAGGUAGUCUUACAGGAUGAAUAGUGUUUUAAUAGUCAGUGAUGAGGAGAGUACAGUUGAUUAGAGGGUGUGUUUUCUGAGCAGAGGGAACAACAUAAAUACAGACAAAGAUUCUGGAAUGUAAGUUGGUGGAGGUAGCAUAGCUGGAGCAUAGUAACUUGCUUGGCUGGAGAGAAGAUGCCAUACUGGAAAAAUAAAUGUGCAGCAGAUUGUUGCAGGCUUUGAAGGUACUUUUAAUUUGAUAGGAAGAAUGAAAUAGUGAAUGAUCUUAGCUGGGAGUUGUAUUUUGGAAUAUUAAUUUGGUGGUACCUGUGGAUUAGACUGAAAUGAAAAAAACCAGCUAACUAGUGGCUAAGGGUUUGGGCAACUUAUUUAUUCUUGUAGAGCCCACUUAUCUGCAAGAGAGGAACAAUAAUGCUUAUGCCAUGGUGCAGUUAUGGUUAAAUAACAUGGUGUAUAUAAAGGGCAUGGAAUGGCUCCUGAUACAUACUGGGUAUAUUAUAGCAAUUGUUAUUAAAUUGAUCUUAUAUUCUAUAUACCCUGAUAAUAAAUAAGCAGCUCAGAUAGAAAUGCAGAGUCAAUUCAAUUAGUUCCAGUCCUAUAAUAUUAAGGCUAAAUUAGCAUUCAUGUUUUUCCCCCCCAAGAUCCUUUGGAAACUCAUUGGAUGGAUGCUCUAAACCAAACAAGAGUGACUCAAUUUUUCUUCUUGGGACUCACUGAUUAACUGGGUGCUGGAAAUACUAUUUUUCAUGGCAUUCUCAGCCAUGUAUGUGCUAACCCUUUGGGGGAACAUUCUCAUCAUGGUUACCAUAGUCUUUACUCCACGUCUUAGUACACCCAUGUAUUUCUUCCUGAGCAAUCUGUCCUUUAUUGACAUCUGCCACUCAUCUGUCACUGUGCUCAAGAUGCUGGAGGGUUUGCUUUUUGACACAAAGACCAUUUCCUUUGACAACUGCAUUGCACAGCUCUUCUUCCUACAUCUGUUUGCCUGUGCUGAGAUCUUUCUGCUGACCAUUAUGGCCUAUGAUCGUUACGUAGCCAUCUGUGCUCCAUUACACUACCCCAAUGUGAUGAACAUGAGGGUCUGUGUACAGCUUGUCUUUGUGCUCUGGUUGGCGGGUACUGUUCACUCACUGGUGCAGACCUUCUUGACCAUUCGUCUACCUUACUGUGGCCCCAACGUUAUUGAUAGCUACUUCUGUGAUGUUCCUCCUGUCAUCAAGCUGGCCUGCACAGAUACAUGUCUCACAGGAAUGCUGAUUGUGUCCAAUAGUGGAACCAUUUCCCUCUCCUGUUUCCUGGCUUUGGUUGCCUCCUACACCAUCAUCUUGGUUUCUCUUAGAAAACAGUCAGCUGAAGGGCGCAGGAAAGCUCUGUCCACCUGCUUAGCCCACUUCGUGGUGGUUGCCCUCUUCUUUGGACCAUGUAUCUUCAUUUACACUCAGCCAGACACCAGCUUCUCCACUGACAAGUUGGUAUGUGUCUUCUACACAGUGGUCACCCCUUUGCUGAAUCCCUUCAUUUACACCUUGAGGAAUGAGGAAGUAAAAAGUGCUAUGAAGCAUCUCAGAUAGAGACGAGUUUUUUCAUGAAAUCAUGUAUAUUAUGGGUUUGGAAUUACAGAUAUUAUUAUGGUCAUAUCUUUAAUGAGAGAGUAAAAGUAAGAAAUCAAAAUCGUUAGGUGAAAUGGCAUGGAGAAGGGCAGACUUCUGCACUAAAGAGAGUGACUUAUUAACUAUUACUUAAAUAAAGGAAAAGAUCAUAUUGUAAUAUGUAAAGAAAAAGGAUCUGGAAAAGUUUAAAGAAGACUUCUAGUUACACUAGUAAAACACAUAGACUUCAGGGCAUGGUCUCAGUUUCAGGAACAGGUAAAGUUGCAAGAGAACCUACUUUUUUGAUUUGUACUGUUCUUUAGGUUAUUGCCUCUGGGAAGCUGUACAUCACACCUGUGUUUUAUACAUUAUAGUGGUUUUAAUCCUGCUUUCAAAUAUAAAUAUUUUCAAGGUGUUUUAAGCCUUAUCCUAUUUAUAUUGAAUUAAAUAUAGUCACUUUGAAAGUGAUUCUCUCAUUUAUUUCUACAUCUAUUUUGUACUUUUUGUAGUACUUUGACAAAAAUCAAGAUGGAGAUGUAUUAGAACUUAUUUUAAAAGAAACUUUAUUGAGGUAGAAAUUAAUUACACAAAAUGUACUCAUUUUAUUGUAGUUUGAUAAAAUCUGACAAAGGUAUACCCAUCUAACUACCUCUUUAAUCAAGAUAUAGAACAUUUCCAUCACCCCAAAAAGUUUCUUCAGCACGCUCCCAGAAAUCACUUUAUUCCCACCCAAGAACCCAAACAUCUGAUUUUUUGUCGCUGUAAACUAAAUUUGUCUUUCCUAGAGUUUCAUAUAAAUUGAAUCAUACAGUAUGUACUCUUUUAUGCCUGACUUCUUUUGCUCUGCAUGCUGCUUCCGAGAUUAACCCAUGUCUUUGUGGGUAUCAGUAGUUUAAUCCUUCUUAUUGUUGAGUAAUAUUUUAUUGUAUGGGCAUACUACAAUUUGUUUAUUCAUUCAUGUAUUG